AUGGAGCCAGUAGCUGCGAUCCGGUGUUUCGCCCCCAUAUUGUUUCUCCUGGUCACGCUACUCAUUCAGCCGUCCAUGUCGAUCUACUGCGACGAGGACGACUGUUACGAUCUCUUAGGGGUUUCCCAAAGUGCCAAUGCCUCCGAGAUUAAGAAAGCUUACUACAAGCUAUCGCUUAAACAUCAUCCGGACAAAAAUCCUGAUCCAGAAUCGAAGAAGCUGUUCGUGAAGAUUGCUAAUGCGUACGAGAUUUUGAAAGAUGAAGCCACAAGGGAGCAGUAUGAUUAUGCAAUCGCACAUCCGGAAGAGGUAUUGUACAACACAGCAAGGUACUAUCAUGCUUACUAUGGCCACAAGACUGAUACUCGUGCUGUCCUUGUGGGUCUUCUUUUGGUGCUUUCAGGAUUUCAGUAUCUGAACCAGUGGACAAGGUAUAAUCAGGCUAUAGAUAUGGUAAAAAAGACUCCUGCUUACAAGAACAAGCUAAAGGCGUUGGAGCUUGAACGCACUGGUGGGACAACAAAUAAGAGAAAGGGGAACAAGCAGAUAAAUAAGAAAGUGGAGGAAGACUUUGGCAAGGAACUUGAACUGCAGAUAAAGGGAGCAGAAAAGCCAUCUGUUUGGGAACUUGUUGGCAUUCGUUUCAUCUUGCUGCCUUACACUCUUGUAAAGCUGUUAUUGUGGAACCUUUGUUGGUUGUGGCGAUACCAGGUGAAAAAAGCACCAUAUUCGUGGCAAGAUGCCUCCUAUCUAACAAGAAGAUCCCUGGGCGUACCCUUAGAUUCGUGGAGUUACAUAGAUGAAUCAACAAAGGACGGUCUUGUUCAAAGACGCCUAUGGGAAAAGCCCAACUUGGAGACUUACCUAGCUGAAAUGCGGAAAGAAUCAAAACGGCGAAGAUAG